UGACUGGAUGCUGAAUAUUAAUCCAAACAAAAAGAAUGCAUGAAAUGUAUUCUCUAAACAUUAAUAUGAGAAACAGUGUGUUUCACUUUGAGAUCAGCAGGUGGAGUAAAGAUGGGUGAUGUUUGGUCUUACUAACAUAAUUACUUAUUUCUAUAUUGCCAUAAUAUGAAUAAACUGACACACUUUUCUAUUUUAGUACCGUCUGCUACCCUCUCUACUGAACUGAAGGCUUCACUAGUAGAAGCCCCUGCUCUGCCUGUAAAGACACUUGUGCCCCUUCCAAAGGAGCUGAUGUUUCUGAUGCCGGAACCAUCCGCCCCGACGCCAACAGAGACCCACAUCACUGUUCCAGUGGCUCGUGAGAUUUCUGCAGAGCCCUGUCAACCGACACUGCAUCCACCAGCUGCACCAACACAAAGUCAGCCAUUACCCAGGCCAUCAACGGUCCCCAGCUGUCCUCCUCCUCCUCUUCCUCUUCCUCUUCCUCCUCCUCCUCCUCCUGCCUACAACCAGGAUGUCAGUCAUUGGAACUGUUCGCCGCAGCAGAGGAUCUGGAUGAAGAUGGAGCUGCAAUCCAUGGGGCUCUGGCCAGGCUCCGUUCCUGUACGCAACCCUCUGAAGAUGGUGUCAUUGUGGCGUGGCGCUCCCCAGCCAGAGCUGAUUCACAGCGUCUAUGAUUUUCCCUGCGCCAAGUACUUUCAGCUCCAUCCUUUUUUCAUCUGGAAGCCAGAAAAUGACAAUUUGAUGGGAAGGCUGAGGAACAAUUACACUCUGCCGUGUAUUGACGGCUGUGCUCAGCCUCAAAUUGCCUCUGCUGGUGUUGGUAGGCCUCGUGUGAUUGUCGGCACCACCGGACAGUACUACUUGCUGUCUUCAAGGCUCUGCUGCAAAGUCUGCCGGAAGAGGUGGUAUGCCGACAACCCAUCCUGGCUGGAAAAGCUCCCCAAGAGGUUCACCAACCUACUGCCAGCAGUACUGACUUACAAGAAGGCCAUCUGUAAGUCGGUACUGGACGAGCUCCGGCGCAGCGGCAAGUCACCCACUGAUAUGGCAAAGCAGAUCACGGAGUUGAUGCACCUCAAAUACGAACGUGCUGACCUGGCGUACAUCCUCAGCUGUAAGAACAUCAUGGAUGGUGAGGAAGGAAAGUACGACCAGAGGACAAUUACCCAGUUCGUUCGGCAGGAAACCAAGCCGGCUCCCUUUGGAGAGUAUGGGGACUCUGAUGGCUGGAACGGGAUCUCUGUGUCUGCACACUACCUGACAGACUGCCUCCUGCAUGAGUACGAACACCAGCAGGGCGCCAUCACCAAAUUACUGCAGGGCACCUUUGGACAGGCCUUCCGAUCAGACCACACUCGCAAAGUUGCGAGGAAGGUCACCUUCUCAUCCGGGACCAUGUCAUCAUAUGCAGUGAUGAAUGAAAACUGGAUGAUCCUCUCAUGGGUGAUGGUGCAGUCUGAGACAGAGAAGUCCUUGAAGCCCUUGUACCAGGGGCUGGAACAGCGCUACAGAACUGCAGGUGUGGAAAAGGCACAGUACCACUGGGUAGACAGGGAUUGCUGUGCAGCUUUUAGGGUGUCAGAGUCGUGUGAAGGGGAGCAUCUGAACUGGGAUGCUUGGAUGACAUCUGAUGCCAUUGCUGCUCAGGCUACUUCCGGUGACGUGCUGAAUACAUGUGCAUCAAGGUCAAACUUCAAUGCGAACAUGCUCAUCAAGCUUGACCUGUUCCAUUGUUUGAGGCGAUUGAUGCGUGAGUGUGUGUCCGAGCAUCAUCCCCUCUACAGCUCUUUUGCUCAGUUCCUGUCUGCAGCCUUUUCUGUGGUGGAUCAGGAAGACCUGCAGAGGCUUAAAGAUGCCUAUGCCUUCUGUGGAAUCCAGCCUGCCAACCCAACAAAGCCUCACACACGUGAGCACUGCAGGAUCAGGAUCCCACAUCCCGAGGAGCUCGUCAAGAGAGUAGAGGGGGUUUUCCAGCACUUCCACCUUGCAACAGACCCUAACGGGCGCCCUCUCUUCAAAGCCUCUAUGCUGAAAUGCUGGCGUAUUCAGCGGAUACACAUCCUGCGAGGUUGCCUGAGCGAUCCAGAGGUGGAAGGAGGGAUCAUGUACAGGCAUGGAGGAACACUGCAGCUGAACCAUGUGCCAGGUGAAGGAGCCAAAGUUCCUGUAUGGAUCCCCAUCAGAGGCACAUCCCAGCAGGAAGGCUAUCACUUCCACCAGGCUCAGUGGGUCACUGGCACACGCGUUUCCACAGAGCUGUUUCAAGCUCAGGCGAUGACAGGAGUGGCGCGGUGGAAUUACCAGCGACUGGUGGACCUAAAACAGCCAGAUGUCAAACUUACAGCUGUCUUUGAUCCUGCAUUGAUGGGCGAGAUCAAUGCAGUCUCUCAACAGGUGUUUGGCCAUGUUAAAUAUCCUGCUUUUCAUCUCCCUAACAGAGACACUGGAGAGAAGUUUGGCCUGGAAUAUGUGGAGCCUGAUUGCCGCCCAGUUCCUCUAGACUGGGAUAAGCACAGGAGUAAGGCAGACUCUACCCAGGCCCUGGAUACACCUCCUCAAAGCAGCAACCCCACUGCCCAGUCUGAGCUUCUUCAGCCACCCUCCAUCCCCCCAACCAAGCUGUUUCAGUUUCCUGCAAACCUUCCUUCAGUGAAACAAGAGGUGACUGCAGGAACGACUCUGGAGCCUCACACAGAGCCAGAAACCACAUGUCUGAAGUCUCUGCCUCUGCUGUCCUCGCCAACUGCGGCUCGCACUGGACCUGUGAAGACUGGUGGGAGGGUGUUUGUGUUGGACCACAAGCGCUGGACAGGCCCUAUGAGGCAGGCUGUUGACAACCUGCUCAACAAACACCAUAGUCAGAAGGACAUGCUGAAGCUUGUGGACAAGGACUAUGCUGCUCUUGUGCUUGACUCCUGCACAGACCCAAACAGUAUGCUUCACCCAACUACAAAACACCACAUUUGUCAGUAUGUGAAGCAUCUCAGCAAGCUUCUGAACACCAGCUCCUCCAUAAACAUCAGCCCGGAGAAACUACAAGAGAGGCAGGUCCUCUGGCACUCUCUCACAGAGGGUAGUGAGACCACCAGGGUGCCAGUUGUUACAAUGCCUGUUGCCAUUUUCAACCCCACACUUCCCGUUCAGACCCCAGCCACACCUCUGACACUAGAACAUGUUGAGAGUUUGGUCAGAAACAUUAUGGCCAACCAGCAGCAACAACAACAACAACAACAACAACAACACAAACAAAAGAAGAAACAGACAAAAAGGUGUCUUUCCUGCGGGCAGCCAAAGGCCCGCUUUGAAAAUGAUGGCUCUUCCAUCCACCACUUCUACAUGCAGGGCACUGUCAGAUACUUUUACUGCUCCACCAAAGUUUUUAAAACUUAUGGUGCUGAAGGUCUGACAGACCCUAAAAUGCCAUUUGGAGACUUUGCCGAGACAGCUUUCUUUCCGCGGGAACUGGAAGCUAUGAAGCAAAGGGUGGAGGCAAGAGUCCAGCUUAAAAGAAAGAACACUGAGCCAGAGCACAAAGGUCGAAAAUGCGGAUUUUGUAGAGAGGAACUCAAGCAGGGCCCAAACAGUCCUCACAUUCACACAGGAUUCCCAGGAGUAGCAGGGAAGUAUGUGUACUGUCCUGCUAAAGUGUUGUCACUAUACAGGGAUCAGGGCAUGGAGAAGCAGAUGACCUGGAAGAACUUCAAGGAGUCUGUUUUCUAUGAGGCUGAAAAGGGAAAAUGACAAGGUUUUUUUUCA